AUGUCUGAUAUUGAAGAGGAUCUUUUGGCUUUAGCUGGUGCUGACGAGGAAGAGGACGAGGAUGAGGUUCUGACAACGUCUGCGAAGAGGAACAAAACCUCUGAUAAUGCUAGCUCAAAGAGGAGAAAGAUAGCGGUAGAGGGAGCCGAAGAGGAUGAGGAUGAGGAUGAGGAUGAAGAGGACGAUUACAAUCCUGCGGCUGUUCAGACCGAGUCAGGUAGAUAUAGUGAGGAGGACGAAGAAGAUGAAGAGGAAGAAGAGAAUCCAUUUCCUCUUGAAGGAAAGUAUAAGGACGAUAAUGAUCGUGCACAUUUAGAGGGAUUGCCUGAGAUGGAGCGUGAGACCCUGUUGUUCGAGAGAUCGCAGAUAAUGCAGAAAUACCAUGAUCGUAGACUAUUCAGAGAGCGUGGUAGGAAUAUGAAGGAGCAACAGAAGAAUAGACAACUGCGAGAGGGCAACAAGACGCGUUCCUCAGCCAGAACCACGCAUGCUACGGGUCAUUCCGAUUUGAAAGCCUCCAAACUGUCGCAAUUGCGAAAACAGAGGGAACAGAAAGGCCAUAGGGCUAACCGUGACCGUGACUUUGAGGAAGAGGAAGAAGAAGAGGAAGAUAGGUAUGAGGGAAGCGAGUAUGAGGAUGAAGAUGAGGAGGAUUACGAUCCAUAUAACAGAAAGUCACAUCGCGACGCUAGAAAAGGAAGACGAAGUGGAAUGGGCCGAGAUCAACUGGAUCGUGAAGCUGACAUCACUGAUUUUAACAAGAUUAAGAUUGGGCGUUCGUUCGUUGCCAAAUUCUGUUUCUAUCCUGGGUUCAAUGAUGUUGUCAAGGGUCACUACGGGAGAGUGAACGUUGGGGUCGAUAAGCGUUCUGGCCAAACACAAUAUAGAAUGGUAAAGAUCGAGAAAGUUUUCUUUCAAAAACCAUAUAACAUGGGCAAUUUCUUCACUAACCAAUAUUUUGGCGUCACGCAAGGUAAAGACAGGAAAGUUUUCCAAAUGAACUUCUUCAGUGAUGGCAACUUUACUCAGUCCGAGUAUGACCGGUAUUUGAGGGCUCUUGAUGGCGUACACAUUACCAAACCAUCCAUGUAUUCACUCGAUAACAAGGCAAAGGAGAUGAAUGCUUUCGUGUCACAACCUUUGACUGACAAACUGACAGACGAUAUUGUCCGUAACAGAAUGUUGUUCAACAAGAAGCUCUCAGGUUCAAAUGCUGUUCUCGAAAAGACGGUUUUGAAGGAGAAAUUGAGAUAUGCACAAGAGACUGGCAACGACAGAGAUAUUGCGAAAUACUCUAGUCAACUAAGAAAUUUGGUUAAGCGAAUGUCCGCGUACGAGAAGCAUCAUGAGACUGACCAGAGCGGCAUCAAGAAACUUGGUGCUUUGACUUCAAAGAACAGAAAGGUAAAUAUGGACAGGAUCAGGAAUGCUGAGCAUAUUAAGAAGGAAGAUGUCAAUUUCGAUGCGAAGAGCGAUCCGUUUAGCAGAUUGAAGACUAGAACCAAGGUCUAUUAUCAAGAAAUACAAAAAGAGGAGAAUGAAAGAGCCCAGGACAUUGCUAGGCAGAAACAACUAGAUGAGAGCGAAGAAGCCAUCGCUAGGAGAGAGAAAGAGCUCCUGUCUUCUGAUUUCAAGCGUUUAGGCGGCCUGGAAAGAGUUAUUGGCCAAAUGCAACUUCCCUUUACUUUUGAUGUAUAA